AUGACGUUGGAUAUUACUACCUUCUACAAUGUUAUUAAUAACGAACUGACCACCACCGCCGAAACGCGCCAUGGCAUCAACCCCGCGAACCAACAACCCAAUCCCGAGGUCCCCGUCUCAACUGCCGCGGAUCUGGACAAGGCCGUGAACGCCGCUCGCCAGGCCUUCAAGACAUGGUCGCAGACGUCCAUUGACGAGCGGCGUCAGGCGCUGAGCGCUUUUGCCGACGCCAUCGAAGAGAACAAGGAUACCCUGGCCAGGCUACUGACCCAGGAGCAAGGGAAACCAUUGAACCAAGCCGCUGGUGAAAUUGACAACGCCGUCAUAUGGGCACGAGCCAUCCCUCAGCUUGAAGUCCCGGAGAAAGUGAUCGAGGACAAUGAACAGCACAAGGUGGUCCAGAGACACAUCCCCAUCGGUGUUGGAGGUGCUAUUGUGCCCUGGAACUUUCCCGUCAUGCUGGCGGUCGGAAAGAUCAUCCCUGCAGUGUACACUGGUAACACGAUUAUUGUUAAGCCGUCGCCCUUCACUCCUUACUGCAACUUGAAACUAGGAGAGCUUGCUGCCCGUUGCUUCCCACCAGGUGUGGUGCAGGUGCUGAGCGGCGGUGAUGACCUCGGCCCCAUGAUCACCGAGCACCCAGGUAUCGACAAGAUCAGUUUCACCGGUUCUAGUUUGACCGGUCGCCGAGUCAUGGCCAGUUGCGCCAAGACGCUGAAGCGCGUUACAUUGGAACUGGGUGGUAACGACCCUGCCAUUGUCUGCGACGAUGUCGACAUCGAUGCGAUCAUUCCCAAGGUCGGUAUUCUGAGCUUCCUGUGCUCGAGUCAAAUCUGCAUGAUGAUCAAGCGUCUCUAUGUGCACGAGAAGAUCUAUGACGAGUUCCGUGACAAGCUCGUCGCCUUUGUGAAGAACCUGAAGCUCGGCGAAGGCACCGAGCCCGAUGUCUUCUUCGGUCCCCUUCAGAACAGCAUGCAAUUCGGCAAGGCCCGGAACCUGAUCGAACACAUUGCAUCCGAAGGCCUGAACUCCGUCUUGGGAGGUGAUAUCCCCGAGUCCAAGGGCUUCUUUGUCCCGCCGACUAUUGUCGACAACCCACCGGACAACUCGCGUAUUGUCCAAGAAGAGCCCUUCGCGCCUAUUCUGCCCAUUCUCAAGUGGUCCGACGAGAAGGACGUAAUCGCACGGGCGAACGACACCGAGCUUGGACUCGGAGCUUCCGUCUGGACUAAGGAUGCCGAGCGUGGCCAGCGGAUUGCGCGCCAACUGGAGGCUGGUAAUGUGUGGGUCAACACACACUUCAUGGUGCUGCCUAAUGUGCCAUUUGGCGGACACAAGUCUAGUGGCAUUGGUUCUGAGUGGGGUGUGACUGGAUUGACAGGCUGGUGCAACACCCAGGCUCUGUAUUUUGUUAAGAAUGCUUGA